CGGGAAGUAGCUGAAGUCUGGGCAAUGGCGGUUCUGGGGUUCUUAUUCCCGGACAGACCCGAGGCUACGGUGCCCCCCCGGUAGACCGGACCUGGGUGGCAGGCUCCAGGGCCCCAAGGAAUGGAGGGGUCUAAGACGUCCAGCAGCACCAUGCAGGUAAGCUUCGUGUGUCAGCGCUGCAGCCAGCCCCUGAAACUGGACACGAGCUUCAAGAUUCUGGACCGUGUCACCAUCCAGGAGCUCACAGCUCCAUUACUUGCCACAGCCCAGGUGAAACCCGGAGAGAGCCAGGAGGAAGAGACUAACUCAGGAGAGGAGCCAUUUAUUGAAACUCGCCAGGAUGGUGUCUCUCGCAGAUUCAUCCCCCCAGCCAGGAUGAUGUCUACAGAAAGUGCCAACAGCUUUACUCUGAUUGGGGAGGCAUCUGAUGGCGGCACCAUGGAGAACCUCAGCCGAAGACUGAAGGUCACUGGGGACCUUUUUGACAUCAUGUCAGGCCAGACCGAUGUGGAUCACCCACUGUGUGAGGAAUGCACAGAUACUCUUUUAGACCAGCUGGAUACCCAGCUCAACGUCACUGAAAACGAGUGUCAGAACUACAAACGCUGUUUGGAGAUCUUAGAGCAAAUGAAUGAGGAUGAUAGUGAACAACUACAGAUGGAGCUAAAGGAGCUGGCGUUGGAGGAAGAGAGGCUGAUCCAGGAGCUGGAGAACGUAGAAAAGGACCGCAAGAUGGUAGCAGAAAAUCUUGAGAAGGUCCAGGCUGAGGCUGAGAGACUGGAUCAGGAGGAAGCUCAAUAUCAGAGGGAAUACAGUGAAUUUAAACGACAACAGCUGGAGUUGGAUGAUGAACUGAAGAGUGUAGAAAAUCAGAUGCGUUAUGCCCAGAUGCAACUGGACAAGUUAAAGAAAACCAACGUCUUUAAUGCGACCUUCCACAUAUGGCACAGUGGACAAUUUGGCACAAUCAAUAACUUCAGACUGGGUCGCCUGCCCAGUGUUCCUGUGGAAUGGAAUGAGAUUAAUGCUGCUUGGGGCCAGACGGUGUUGUUGCUCCAUGCUCUGGCCAAUAAGAUGGGUCUGAAAUUUCAGAGGUAUCGCCUUGUUCCCUAUGGAAACCAUUCCUAUCUGGAGUCUCUGACAGACAAAUCUAAGGAGCUGCCGUUAUACUGUUCUGGGGGCUUGCGAUUUUUCUGGGACAACAAGUUUGACCAUGCAAUGGUGGCUUUCCUGGAUUGUGUACAGCAGUUUAAAGAAGAAGUUGAGAAAGGCGAGACACGUUUUUGUCUUCCUUACAGGAUGGAUGUGGAGAAAGGCAAGAUUGAAGACACAGGAGGCAGCGGUGGCUCCUAUUCCAUAAAAACCCAGUUUAACUCUGAGGAACAGUGGACAAAAGCUCUCAAGUUCAUGUUGACGAAUCUAAAGUGGGGUCUUGCUUGGGUAUCCUCACAAUUUUAUAACAAAUGACUUUUUUUUUAGGAUAUUUGCCUUAAAGGCUUCAAAUUUUGUUUUGUUUGAGAAAAAAAUGUUACAAAUUAAAUUUGGGUCAUAAUAAACACAUUUGCAAUACCAAAAAAAAUCACAAAAGCCACUUUAUAAUACCAAUAUGACAGAUCAUUUCCAUAGCUACAACAUGACAUGUACAGCUACCAGCCCUUGUUA